AUGGCAGCACAACUGAACCUGACAGAAAACACGGAUGACUGGACAAAAAGAGAUGUAAAUCAUUGGUUGGAAAAUCAUAGAAUUCAUCAAAAGCAUAGGGAAAUGUUGACUGCAAAAGAUGCACAUGGAGCAAUCCUGGAGUGGUUAACUAAAAAUUACCUUGUUGAUAUGGGCAUAACACAUGGAUGAGCUAUCCAACUAGAACAGCUAUUCAAAGAACCGCAGAAAACAACCUCUGAAAAUCUUAUUCAGACAUGUAAGAUGAAAAAGGUAGUAAACUGUUCCAAAAAUACAACCUUGAUGCAAGAGGAAAAUGGAGAAACUUCAAAGCAAAAGCAAAAUGAUAAAGAGAAAUCAGCUAUGGCUAAUGCCUCUACAAUGACUACAGUUACUAAAGGUUCUUAGCCACUAAAAACUAAAUUUGUGAAAGAUGAAAUAGAUGACACAAAGGAAAAUCAGUCAUCCAGAGAACUGACAUGUGUAUCAUACCUUUUUGAUGAAUAUGACCCAUAUCACUACAAAUUGAAUUUUAGUCUACAGCCUGAAACAGGACCACUACUCAAUCUCAUUUAUCCAAUACAUGAAUUCAAAGCCUUCACAAAAAACACCCACAGAAGAAAUGUUAAGAUGAAAUUUAGCAAUGAAGUUUUUCAAUUUUCUUCAGUUUGUAAGAAUUCACUUACUAAUGGCACCAUUCAUUUUGGAGUCAAAGGCAAACCUCAUGGAAAAACUUUUGACAUGAAAGUCACCAAGUACACCAAGGAAGCUCUCAUUGACCACUUCAAACUGAUGAUCCACCAGUAUUUUGAAGACCAUCAGGUCCCAAAAGCAAUGAAGUACAAUUGAGAGCCAAGAUUUGUAGACAUUUUACUGCCAAACAGUAAGUAUUCUGACAGAUUUGUUAUUGAAGUGAAUGUCAUUCAAAAGUACUCUGAAUGUGAACAUGAUUAUUUCCAGACUAAAAUGCAAAAUCACAACAACAGAACAUGGAAACAAAAUUCAAAAUACUUAGUCUUCAUGCAAGAGAGGGGCAGAUCUAAGGACAUGAUGAAAAUUAAUGCAGAUUUCAGAGCAUUUAAAUUAGAUUUAAAAGCACUGGCAGCUAGAAAAGAGGCAGAAGAAAAAUGCAAAAUAAAAAUGAAUAAAAAGGAGAGUAACGGACCAACACUUGUUAAAUUGUUGAGAGGAAAUCAGGGUUUGUUUGAUAAUUCAUACCACAACUGGUACAUUCUUGUAACAAAUAAAUGCCAUCUGAAUCAAAUAAAACAUCUAGAUCUCCUAAAGGAAAUUAAAUUAUUUGCUCUGUUGGAGUUUAAUCCCAAGUCUGUGAGCAAGGGGGCAGUCAAGGCUUACAAAAAAAGCCAAGUAGCAAACCUUCACUUUCCAAGUCUGUUCAUGGAGGGGAAAGCUAUACAAAAUGCAAAGAUUUCUAGUCUGAAUCUUCAACAAUGCAGCUGGAUUUUCAGCAAUGGCAGGUUAGACCUUAACAGUGAAAAAUAUAAAUCCUUAGAUCCAAGUUCCUGGCAAAGAGAAAGACUAUUACUCUCUAUUACUCUAUUAUUCUCCUCCAGGGGUGACUCAAGAGACCUCCUCCUUGAGACCUUCUGUGCUUUCUACCAAGAUCUCAAAGGACUGAAAAAUAUAUUGUGUAUUUGUGUACACUUACACAUAUGUCAGGGAAAAGAUCUACUUGAAGCAAAAUUAACGAACCAGUAAAAUGAAUUAUCAAGCUAAUGUAUUUCUGACUUAAAUCGUGAAGAGAUAAAUGGCACUAUUCUUAAACUAAAAUCUGUCACUCAAUCUUUAAAGAGAUUUUCUCCAUUGGUUCAUCUAACUGUCCUUCUGAAAAAAGAAGUUGUCAUGACCACUCUGGAAAUUCUCUGUAAAAAUGAAUAUGAAGGUACAGUCUUAGAGAAGGACAAAAAUAAAGUAUUUGUAUUGGCAUCAAAAGAGGAAGACUUCUAUCGAGGUGGUAAAGUAUUAUGGUAGAACUUCAAUUUUUCUUCUAUAAAAUACAUAAUAAAAUUUUUUAAAAAGAAAGCAAAGCUUGAAGCAAUGAGUAUAAACUGGACAGAUUCUCCUAAACCAACAUGUGCCAAAAUUAUUCGUCCAUAUUAUCAUCCAGGCUGUGAUGGGACUGCCUUGGCUGUGCACAUUCUUUCGCAAAUAAGGAAGAAACUUAGAUGUGCUAUGCUGAAGAACAAAACGGGAUUUUUCUGAAAUUGGAGAACAGUGACUAAUUUAAUCACCUUUGGGGCAACCAACCACUAGGAAAACUUACUUGGACUGCUCCUUGUUGAUGAUUUUAAAAAACAAAAUAAUGUCUAUCUUCUCCAGGCCUCUAUAGCUGUAGCUAAUAAGUACAUUUGGUAUGAGAAACCUCCAGUGAUCCUCCUAAUUUGCAUGAGAUCACAGAGUCCUGAAAAAAGUGCCAAGUCUCAUGAUAACAUCCUAAUAUAACAACUAUCUCCCAAAGAACAGAGCUUAAUAGAAAAAAAAAAAAAUGAAGCACAACAUAAAAAAUUUAAAGAUUUUUAUUUCUCCAUGAUUAUGAGAAACAAUUUUUAAUAAAAAGUACAUAGAAAAUGUGGCCAGAAAAAAAAAAAGAAAUUUAAAAAAGAAAAUGUGGCUAGGAACAUCCUGAAAAGACAAAAUACUUCCACCAAGGAAACAAAACUCUUUUCUUUGCUGGCUCUUCCUAAUUCAUAUAUGCCUGAUAACACUAUUUUAUUAUCAUAGUGUGAAAAAUUCUUAGGAGUCACAAACAAGAAGUUUUUCUGGGGAACAGAAAAACUUGAAGACAAGAUAGGCACUAACUCUACAAUUCGGAUAAAAUUGGAAUGUGGAAAGUACUGUGUAGUGCAUAUUAUUCACCCUUUGAAUGCCAUUUGCUCACUGGAAGAACUGAAGAUAAGCUAUUAUUUGGAUUAAAGUCAAAUUAUGCUGGAAAUGCUAACAGAAAAUGUGUUCUAUGAUACUGGUAUAGGAAAAAGUAAAUUUUUCUAAUAUACACAAACACUGCUGCUCCCCAGACAGCAUAAUGAACAUGAAGGUGAAACUGGAACUUGAUUUUCCCAUUUAUUAAGCACACAUAAAAAUGAGGGAAAUGUGUCAGUCAAAUAGGUGUUGCUUGAAGGUAUUCAGUCAAAAUACAUUCAUUUACCAAGUUUUGCAAGACACUUCCACAUUAAAGGAUUUUGCAAUGCUCUAAAUUAGGCAAAUAAAAAAAAAAAGAUAGAACCUGAGAAUUCUUAUACCUCAGAUACACUGGGUCUUAUACCUCAGAUACUGGGUCAAGUCUACAAAAGUAAAAUAAGAUGGGGAAUAGAGGGUAAUGGAAGAAGCAAGAACAUUUCGCUUGAUGAUUUAACUGAUCUUCUGGAUGUAGCUGUAUAUGCCUCCAGUACAUUCAAAGAAUCUCAACAGCAAAGUGAAGAUAGAGAGUAUGAAGCGAAGGAAAGUCUUCAGAAGUAAAAAAUAUGGUACGAAACUUACAAUAUAGCUAGAUAUCAAGAGAUAGAAGUUGGGCUCUACACAAUCCAGAUUCUCCAGCUCAAUCCUUUUUUUUUUGACAAUAAAAAUGAAAUGUCUAAAAGACAUUUGAUCAAUUUCAUCAGUAGUGAUAUUGCUGGAGAUCCAAAGAAUGAAUUUAAAUUAGCCCUUAAGAACUUUAUUCCUUAUCUAAUUAACUUGCAAUUUUCUUUGAAAGAAUCCUUUAACUUUUUUGAUGGUUAUUCUGUCCUUCUAAAAGUCAGGAACAACAUUAAGCAAAAAGAACAGGCCAAAACUCAGAGAAAGAUGGCUGUAUAUUAAAAAUUUGCAGAUAUAUUUGGUCCCUUAGGGAAAGCACAAAACAAAGAUCUCAAAUCAAGGCUUAGUUUGCCACUUCAAGUAGAACUUUAUCAGCGAAGUCUACAAUUUUUAAAAGCAGACAAGUUUUCUGGACUGGUGGGAAGAUGUCUUAUCGAAAGUGAAGAAGAUGGUAUAAGCUCCAUGGAAGAUACAAUAAACAAAUACACUUUUCUUUUUGAACAAUCCUGGGGCAAGACUAUGAAUGCAUUACGGCGGAGGGCCUCAGAAGGAGGAUCAUCCGCUUCCGGAUCGCGGUUGUCCGGAAGUCGUCGGGAAGUUGAAAUCACAGAAAGCCAAGUAGCGGAUGAGCCGGGACUACUGUAUAUAAGGCUCUCCUCAACUACAAAGCGGGUCUCAACACGGGAGGCAGCAAUGAGCAACGGUCAGGCCGGAACCUGUAGAGCCAAACUGGCCCACAGGCGGCUUUCUGAAUGCCUUGGCCUGGGACCUGCCAUCCUCCAGCCCUUCCCCCCCAACCUUACCCUGGCCCACGCCAAGACCUCAAGGCCACACACUGGCUGCUCCUGGCAGCUGUGCUCCCAGAUGCCAACCGCUGGAAUGUGUUUUAUGUUCCUGAGCCUCUGCCUGGCUGGCCUCAGGGGAAGGCGCUUCCCCAGCCUCACUGGCUUCAGUGCUGGGCUGUGGCAGCAGGAGGACUGGGAUGAGAUCAGUUUACAGACGGGCCUUUCACCCUCACAGGAACUGCCUGUCUGCACAGAUUCUGAGCAGGGGGCACACGUGAGCUCCUCCAUAGGGCUACAGGACCACGGUUCUCUUUGGCCUGUUUCUGUAGUACGUGGCUGA